UUGGCAGUAUGCGACAUGAAAUGUUACGUUUAACUUGAAUUUAUCUAGCCAAAUUGUGAACUUGUUUAUUUUCUGUUGGAUUUCGUCCUUGUUUAUUUUGUAAUUCGAUAAUAACGUCUGUUUUUCUUUACUUAAAUCAAACAAAGGAUAAAUUAAGUAUGAACUACUUGCUUGGGUGUUUUCUUUUAUCAGUCGGCGUAUAUGGAGCAAAGCGUUAUUAUGCAUCCGAGUCAUGUGGUCACGUGCUUGGGCCGGACCAGCUUUCUGUAAUAGAAUUCGAUGAGGAUGUGGAUUACGACAAGAGAGCACCAUCUACCGAGCAGGAUCUCCAACCACCGAUUGAAUUGAGAAACACAGUUUGGGAAUGCACUAUUAUUGUGAGUGGCAUGCCGUCGACAACUGUGCAGCGGAUGAUUGGUAUACACUGGCGAGAAUUUCACGUCUGGGAUCUGGACAUAGAGACCACGGGCGAGAGUGUGGAGGAGUGUGGGAAAACAUACGUUACUGUGUAUCAAGGUUCAGAUAGGUCUGCGAAGAAUAAAUGGACGAUAUGUGGCAAGGACACUACGCGUCUGUACUUCGAAUGGCCUGGGGACUAUGUUACGUUCUACAUCUACGCUGAUUUUAGACGUAACGAAUCCUACUCCACACCAUCUACCCCAUCCACAACUACAACAACAACUGUAGCAACGUGUGUGGACCCAGACAGUGUCACAGAAGGCUCUGUCACGCAGCUACCAAUCUGUACAACAAAGAAGGGAAAAAGGGGAAAAAUCGAGACAACAACACCACCAGACCUUGACACCUAUCCGUACCCGGAAGUGCACUUUCGGGUAGACGUUACGUCAUUUGACUAUGCCUGUAAUGAGUCUAUACCGGGCGAGAUUUUGAAGUGCAACGACAGUGGAAGAUGCCUUGACGAAAGCCUUAUGUGUGACUUCUUCUUUUCACACAAUUGCAAAUCGGAAGGAUUCCAUGAAGAUAAAUCCGACCAAACGAAAGACGGACCAGCAUACUGUGGACAAAAGAAGACAACAACUCCGGUACCUACAACAACUACGGAGGCCCCACCGGUACCUUUUAACUGGACACCAAUCGCUGCAGCAGUGGGAUCUUUGUUAGCUAUACUAGCAUUAUGCUGGUGCUGCUGGAGACCUGGUUAUCUCCCCUGGAGACUCUCUCGACUCCGGAACGUCCCAUUCUUCAAUACACAGAGGUGUGUUUGCUGCAGACGUGGUCCGACGCAGUGUUGUCCAUGCCUAAAAUGUUGCGCAGGAGACGGUUCAGAGGAUACGUAUUUUGGUACUAUUUUUAUAAAGAUUAUAUGGGAUUAG